UUGUUGAGGCGCGCGCUGAGUGCAGUACUAAAGGUGUACUGUGCACGAGCACAGUGGAGUUACGUAGGUGCGCGAGAGGAGGAAGUGAGUGUAGUUCCUGUAUGUGCGCGCGUGUGUAGUGUGAGUGCGCGUGCGCGGAGCUCGGGCUGGUUCUCUGUAAUUCGGGUACUGGAGUUUUUCGGACUUUAAUCCGGAUUAAUAGUUCUGGAUUGAGCUCGCGGGCUGUUCCGGGUGGCCUGACGCGAGCGGCGGGUCCGGGAGCGCGAGGCUGGAGGCGGAAAUGGACGCGUCUCACCUGACGGAAGAUGAAAUGGCCGAAGUGAAAAAGGAAGUGCUGGAGAGGCUUCGGCCGUACCUGGUGGAUAAGCUGAUCGCCGAGCGGCACUUUGAUUAUCUGCGCUCUAAGAAGAUUCUGACGCGGGAGGACACGGAGGAGAUCAGCUGCAGGAGCACUCGGGGAAAACGGGCCGGAAAACUGCUGGACCUGCUGUCUGAGAACCCCCGUGGUCUAGACACCCUCAUCGAGUCCAUCCAGCGCUGCCGGACCCUCAACUUUAUCAUCGUCAAGAUCACGGAUGAAGUGCAGCGCGUGAAGAACGAGAAACUGGAGGCUCUGAAAGUGGGCGCAUCCAGCUCAGGUUACUCCGGUGCCAAGUACCCGUCAUCCGGAGCCACGAACGACCUUUCCAAGUCAGAUCUCUACGACUACGACAAGUGCUCCACCAUGUGCCUCCACCCUGACGGGGAGGGAAGCUCCGCCUCCUCCGUCACCAGCAGCUCCCUGAACUUGCGCUGCAUCUCUGGCCAGGGCAGGGGGCGGGACCCGCCGUCGGUCGCCAGUCUGAAUGUCUCUUCUACGUCGUCCUGCCUGCCUAAACCUGGCGACCCCGGAGCCCCACCCCUUCCCGACGAGCUGGAGGCAGAGGGCGGGGCCUCGGAUGCCGGGGCGUGUGGGAGCACAGGAAGCAGUGGCGACGCCAACUUCCAACCACUGCGCUCCCGAUCCCUCACCCCCUCCGUUCGUACCGCACUCUGAGAUCCAAAGAACCACCGGAACCCACGUCCCGCUGUGGACUCUAAGACUCUGAGACUUUCAGAACUCUGGGGACUCGUCCUGCGUUCAGACCUGUUUAUGCAGGAAAAGAUCUGCUCCGGUUCCGGAGCUCCUGCUGUUCGGAAAGCGACGCCGUUCCUCAGGACCUGAACUGGAACCUGUUCUGUUAAAAUCAGCCGUCGGCUUCUUUCAGGGUGUGUUUAUAUAGUUUGGUUCUGCCGGAUUGAUCAGGAAUUUCAUGCAGGACUCUGCAUUCGAACAGAUAUAUUUAUAUCAAAAACCAAAGUUAGAGAAAAAGAGUUAAAUUUAAUGGAGGGCUGUGAUUGAAGGACUGCAUGAGGUGGGCGUGUCCACUGUGUUCUGUGUGAUCUACACAAUAAAUAGCGGGAAAAAUGUAAAUUCUGAUCGUAAGCUUGCAAAACCUCACUGUUCUGAACAAACUGAGAAAAACUUAGAUAUUAUUAUUAUUAUUAUUUUUUAAUGGGAAAUGAAAACUGUGAAAUUUACUUUUAAAUACAGAUAAAAGUAACCUGAUGAUAAUUUCACUUUAUUUCAGGGAAUUUUUGCGAUACUCAGAAAUAUAUAUAUGUGUGUGUGUGUGUGUGUGUGUGUGUGUGUGUUUGUGUGUGUGUGUGUGUGUGUGUGUGUGUGUGUGUGUGUGAGUGUGUGUGUGUGUGUGUGUGUGUGUGUGAGUGAGUGAGUGAGUGAGUGAGUGAGUGAGUGAGUGAGUGAGUGAGUGAGUGUAGACGAGGUCACAUUUGUGUGUUACAGUAAUUUAGGAUUAUUUUAAUUGAUUAAUUAAAUUGAUUAACUGAAUUGAUUAAUUGAAUUGAUCUGAUAUAAACUCACCCUGAGAGCCGGCGGUUCUGAAAGCUCCACUAGUUACAGUUUACAGGUUAAUUGGGUGUAAAGUUCAGAAUAAAUACAUUUAAAGCUCAGUGCUUCAAACUCAAUAAAGAAAUUAUACAUAUUACAUCA